CGCCAAGAUCGCGACUGUCGAGGUGCAUGCUGCUCACGGCCGAGGACUUGCUGGCGAUGGCGGCCAAGGUCGGACCGCCAACGCUGGGCGCCCACAUGCAGCGAGUCCGCGCCACAGACGCGCAGGGUACGUUGCAUCCCGAGCUGAAGCGGCUCAACGACGCGAUGGAAGCCGAAGCGACGCGCUACGCAUUGGCGAUGCAGCCGUAUGACCAGCAGCGCUGCGAUCACGCCAGCCUCAGUGGCUGCUUGACACCGCUGCGGUCACCGCUCCAGCGUCGUCGGGGCUCCCUCGUGCUCGACAUGGGGUCCCUCGUCGAGUCCAAGUCGGCUGCGUCGUCGCCAAAAGCCAAGCCGCCGGUGCAAAGCCCGCACGAGAGCCCUAGCUACCAGUCGCUCUUCCUCGCUGCGGCGCUGCAGCUCCUGGACGAGAAGGACAAGCCGCGCACGUCGCUGCCACCGUCCUUGGACGCCCACCACCCCAAGCUUCCGCCCGACACGCUCCUCGCCGGGUACCUCAAGAAGGCCAAAGACAACUCGCUCCGAACCAGCACGAAAAAGUACGCGGUCUUGACCCGGGGUGUCUUGCGCUACUACGCCGACAUGGCAGCGGCGACGUACACCGAGAUCAUCCUCGUGCCCCGGCGCUUCCUCUGUCGUGAAAACCUCUCGCAGCGCUUCCAGCACAAGUACGCGUUCGAACUGCUCGCCACCGGGAGCGCGGCCGAGAAGCGCCAGACGAAGCUCGUCUUCAUGGCCAAGUCGGAGACCGAGCGCCGCCUCUGGGUGCACGCGAUCCGGGCCGUCGUGAACGCGUCGCCCGUCUCGCCCCGCGCCAUCGACGGCGACUGCUACGCGUUCAUUUUGCUCCAGCGCCAGAUCCAGGACGCAAGGCGCAAGGACGCGUACGUGCACGCGCUCCGGAGCGCCACGCACCACGAGCUCUGCGUGCCCGUCGAGUGGGUGCACAGCCAGCUGCAGCAAACGCGGCAACAUCUCGGCGAGAGCGGCAUGGACCAAGUGUUCAAGGACCUCGGGCGCGACCGCGUGAGCAUCAACGGCCGCGUCUACAGCGGCGCCGACGGAACCGAGAGCGUCGUGGGUGCGUUGGCGCAGGCCUUUAUGGACGUGUGCGACGACCUCACGGAAGCGCUUGCGCUUGAUGUGGUGCGUAGCGUCCUGCUGUCGUGCAACCGGACGCAGUCGGGCGGCGACACGUACGAGACGGUCGACUACCUCUACCACAAUGCGAGCUUGGUCGUGUUGUGCCCCAGUGCACGCGAGGCAGCACCGCUCGAGAUCAAGGUGGUCUUGCGCGAUACAUGCCCCGAGCUCGCGGCUAGCUUGGCGUCCGACGACCUGGGCUACGUUCCCCGGCAACACUCGCUCGUGCUACCCACCAAGGUCGAGCAGCAUCGCCCGUCAAUGGCGUCGGCCAUCUCGUUUGGCGACGACCUCGACAGUUCGUUCUUGCCGGCAAAAGCACUCAACCUCUUUGCCCGCGAAAAAGAGUCGGUCGAGCUGGUCUCGUUCGCGGGCGAGAAGAUGCAUGUGGCGAUCGUUGCCGCCACGUCGUACAAGAUCUGCGAUGCCAACCCGCAGGGCGAUGCGAGCCUCGAUACCUGGGCGAUCGUCGAUGCGGUCUUUGAGCAGUCGUUCGUGUACGCGCCAACGUACGGUGUCCUCGAAGGCAAGGGCACGGUCCGCGUCGCCACGCGCAGCGUCUGCGCCACGUAGAGCGAUACAACAUCGUCGUCGUUCCCGAAAGACAUAUAUAUAGAGAGCGCACAAGCCGUC